UUGUAAUUUCAAACAGAAGAAAGGAAAAAAACAGGAAUUAAUUCUAGGAAAAUGUUUUUGAAAAACAAAAACAAAAACAAAAAAAAUCCAGCAACUUGAAAACAGGGCGAUUCUUUUCUUUCGAUCAAUGUCUUGUGUCAGCUGCUGACCCAAGCACACACCACAAGCCACACACGCGAACGACAAUUCGAAGAGAGACGAGAGUUUUCAGAAGAUAAUGCAAGGAUCUGUAGCUGAGGCUGAAGGGGAGGAUGAAGAAGUGGAGCUCGAGCUUCUCUUCAAUGGCGGAUUCUAAGCGUUUUCUUCUUGUUUUCUUGAUCUGUACGGUACUUUCAGAAUCUGGGAUAGUUGCGGAGGUGAAGCAGACACAGGGCAGGGCCGAGCCUUUUGUGGGGGUGAACAUUGGUACCGACGUUUCCAAUCGUCUGUCGCCGGCAGACUUGGUGGCUUUUCUAAAGUUGCAGAAUAUUGGUCACGUUCGUCUCUACGAUGCCGACUCUGAUAUUCUCAAAGCUUUGGCUCGGACUAAGAUCCGGGUCAUCGUCAGUGUCCCGAACAACCAGCUUCUCGCUAUCGGGUCGUCGAACGUCACCGCCGCGACGUGGAUCGGCCGGAAUGUGGUGGCGUACUACCCGCAGACUCUCAUCAGCGCCAUUGCCGUCGGGGACGAGGUGCUGACCACUGUGUCGUCGUCUGCGCCACUGCUGCUCCCGGCAAUUGAGGCGCUAUACAGCGCUCUCGUGGCCGCGAAUCUCCACACCGAGAUCAAGAUUUCGACCCCGCACGCGGCGUCGAUAAUUCUCGACCCUUUUCCUCCUUCUCAGGCCUUCUUCAACCAAACCCUAAACCCAAUCAUCCUCCCUCUGCUUCAGUUCUUGUCGAAAACUGGUUCACCUUUGAUGAUGAAUCUGUACCCUUACUAUGUUUUCAUGCAGAACAAGGGGGUUGUUCCUCUGGACAAUUCACUCUUCAAGCCCUUGACUCCUUCCAAAGAGAUGGUCGACCCCAAUACUCUGCUCCACUACACCAAUGUCCUUGACGCCAUGAUCGAUUCUGUGUACUGUUCUAUGAAAAAUCUCAACGUCACAGAUGUUAUGGUGCUUGUUACAGAGAGUGGGUGGCCUUCGAGAGGUGACUCCAAGGAGCCUUACGCCACAAUCGACAAUGCCGACACCUAUAAUUCGAAUCUAAUUAAGCAUGUUCUGGAUCACAGUGGAACUCCCCUGCACCCAGAGCUGACUUCUAGUGUUUACAUAUACGAAUUGUUCAAUGAGGACUUGAGGUCCCCUCCAGUGUCAGAGGCGAAUUGGGGCCUGUUCCAUGGGAAUUCAACGCCGGUGUACUUGUUACAUGUGUCCGGGAGCGGCACUUUUUUGGCAAACGAUACGACAAACCAGACAUUCUGUAUAGCCAUGGAUGGGGUUGAUGCAAGGACCCUGCAGGCUGCCCUGGACUGGGCUUGUGGACCGGGAAGAGCGAAUUGUUCAGAGAUUCAACCAGGAGAGGGCUGUUACCAGCCCAACAAUGUGAAGAACCAUGCCUCCUAUGCAUUUGAUAGCUAUUACCAGAAGGAAGGGAGGGGUUCUGGGUCUUGUGAUUUCAAAGGUGUGGCCAUGAUCACCACCACUGACCCGAGUCACGGGAGCUGCAUAUUUCCUGGAAGUAAGAAGAUAAGCAACAAGACCAAGGAAGCAAUCAACGGGACUGAGGCAAGCGGUGCAGCAGAGAAGCUGAGACUUGUCACUGUUGGCAGCCAAAUAAAUAAGGGUUCACACAUUUUCUGGGCUUUUGUAGCUUUCUUUGUAGUUCACUAUUCUUUCCUUCUAUAACACCAUGUUGAGGUACAAAUAAAACAAAUUUUUUGGGGACAAAAGCGAUAAAAGAGAAUCGUUGGGGGCUCGGCGCUUCACAAAAGAGACGUUACAACAUGAAUGCUUCAUCAUCGAGCACCAGAGAAGAAAGGACACCAGGAUGGGGUCUGCUGGGGGCCAGGCCAGCCAUUUGUGAGACUGUUGUAACUAGUAUGAUGCCUCAAAAGGGUUGUGAGGAGACUAUGUUUCUGCAGAGAAUCAAGUACCCCAUCAUGGAAUAGAAAAGGAGGGUUUUGAGCCUUUUAUUUGUGGGGUGAAAUGUGAUGAGUAUGUCUUCGAAAGGUUUUUGCCUUUUCUUUUUAGGGUUUUGUAAGGUUCAAAAAAACUAACUACUUGCUGUUCAAUUUCUGUAAUGGUCAUGCAUACCUGUUCUGCCUACAUAGUCUUCUCUCAAACAGAUUGGCCUGGGGAUAAUCCUCUGACCUAUAAGUAAAAGGUAUUUUUCUUUUCUCAGAUUGGUUUGAUCUUGAAUUCUUUGGGGUGGGGCCACUGCAGAUUGUGAUGUAGUUUCUGGGUUUGGCCCUUUUUUUUUUGCAAGUGGGUAACUGGGUAUUGAUUGCUUUGUACUAGAUCUUAUGUUAUCUUAAUAAAAAAGUUGGGUUCUUCGUCGA